AGUUCCUCUCAGCUCACGUCGGAAGCACACUGGCAGGAGCUGCCCAGCAGUGGGGCCAGUGGAGCCCAUCUCCGGGAGGCUGGGCAGGAAGUGGGGUGGAGUUGGGGCCUGCGGAGGUGGGAUCUGGUACCCCAGGACUGCUGCAAGCCAAACGAACCAACCCACAACCCACGGGGAGAAGAUGCCUGGGGGUCCCGGAGUCCUGCACAUCCCGCCGCCUGGCACCAUCUUCCUCCUCUUGAUCUCUGCUGCUGGCCUGGGCCCAGGAGGCCAGGCCCUGUGCAUAGACCAGGGCCCGCCCUCGGUGACGGCGAUGGUGGGGGAGGAGGCGCGCCUCCCUUGUCUGCUUAACAUCAAGGGCCUAGGCAGCCGCCCUAACAUCAGCUGGUGGCGAAUCCUCCAAGGCAACGCCACCUACCAAGGCACCUUCACGUGGCCCUCUCAGUUCCAUGACUGGGGCCAGAGCAAUGGUGAGCUCUUGUUCUCCUCGGUGAACAAGAGCCACAGAGGCGUAUACAGGUGCCACGUCCUGGAAAACGGCACCGAAUGGCGCUCCUGUGGCACCUACCUCCGCGUGCGUGAGCCGGCCCCCAGACCCUUCCUGGACAUGGGGGAGGGCACCAAGAACAACAUCAUCACGGCGGAGGGGAUCAUCCUGCUGUUCUGCGCCGUGGUGCCCGGGACACUGCUGCUGUUCAGGAAACGAUGGCAGAACUUGAAGUUCGGAAUGGACCCCCGGGAUGACUAUGAAGACGAAAAUCUUUAUGAGGGCCUGAACCUGGAUGACUGCUCCAUGUACGAGGACAUCUCCCGCGGCCUCCAGGGCACCUACCAGGACGUGGGCAGCCUCCACAUCGGAGAUGUCCAGCUGGAGAAGCCGUGACCAGCCCCUGUCUGCCAUGCUCCCAGCCGCAGUGUCUCCCCUGCUCCCCGGACCCAGCUCUUUUCACCGUCAUUCCCGGGAGGGUCCCGCAUCAACUUCCCCCUGGGGACGGUCCGCUCUUCCUCCUUCCUCUCCCCGCUGCCCUUUCCAAGCUCCCACCCACUCACUGACCCCGCUGGUAAUGAGCCCUUAAUCACUGCCUCUAGGGGGCCGAUUGCAGCAGCCUCGGUGUCACCUCCCCCUCCCUGCUCUGUCAAGGCCACUUAGCUAUAAUAAAUGCUU